UCAAAUCCAGAUCCUUUCAAAGGCGCUUACAAAAGUGAACGCAAUAUCUUUCGUGUGCUCAGUCGAACGCCGGAUCUUAAGUGAUUACCAAAAAGUCGAUCAAAUUUUUGGUUAAUAGAAAUGAUACUAAAAGUGGUAGUUCUUGUAUUGUUUUCUUGGCGGGUGUUGGGAUUCCCCGAUGGAGCCCCGAUUGACGCGUGUGUAAAGGACCGGGCUAAUCAGCCGAAUCAUGGACAACAUAGAACACAACCGUUGGCCACUUUACCUUAUCGACUGAUGGCUUCUUCUUUAGCGUAUGCUCCUGAUUCUCAUGUAACAGUCACGAUAGCCGGAGCAGAUACGUUCAAAGGGUUCUUCCUCCAAGCCCGUUCAGUGGAGACCCACAACUGGCUCGGUGCUUGGGAACAAACACCCAACACAACUGUACACCCAGAAUGUUCUUCCAUAACACACGCUGAUCCAAGGGACAAGUACAGGGCUACGCUUGUAUGGAGAGCCCCGAUACAUAGUCAUGGAAGAGUUUAUUUUACAGGCACAGUGCUUAAGAACUAUGGAACAUUUUGGUCAAAUCUCGUAGCGGAGGCCCCUCAAGAUCCCGCUGAACUUCAAAUAAUUGGAUAAAG